UCAAAAAAAGCCGUGUAGAGAAAAAGUUAAAAUAAAGUUGAUAAUUUCUCAUUGUAUAGGAGGAAAAUAAUGUUAUUCAAUUGAUAAAAGUGAAUGAAAACUUAAGUCUCAGACAAUAAACGCAUUGAUCAAUAAAUAAUUUGGGGAAAAUCAAUUGACGGAUAAAAGCCGCAGUUGAAAUUAAAUUGUGAGAGGAAAUAGUGUGUAUCAAGAAUAUGGAAGCUCCUACAACAGUAGAUACGGUGCCAAUAACUGGCGGUGUAGCUCCCACACGUGGCCGUGGAGGCGGUAUGCGUGGGUCAUUUGAACGCGGACGUGGCAGGGGAAUGGGCAGAGGUCAGUACUCUGGUAUGGGAGCUCCUGGUGGUUUUUCCAGUAGAGGUGGCUAUGGACCACGUGGGGGUGGUAUGGGAGGAGCACCCAUGGGAUAUCCAAGUCGGGGGGGUUUUGCACCUAGAGGGGCACCACCCAUGCGCGGUGGACCUGGGGUAGGUGGGGGUCCAGGUGGAUACAUGGGCAGGGGUGGUUAUCAAGGAGCUCCCCGUGGCGGUCCACCCAUGAGAGGAACAGGACGUAUGCCGCUGUAUACCCAACAGCUGCCUUUGGACGCUGCAGAACCUAAACAACAUACUGGAGUGGAUAAUAAUAAAACUAUCUCACCUGUACAAGCUUCAGCCAAUAACCAAGUUGUGGCCAUCAAAGAGGAUAAUUCUGCAGCCAGUACAACGGAUGUCGCUGCAGUGGCUCAGGAAAGUGCUGAUCCCAAUGGUACUGUAGUGGCCGCACCUACAGCGCCGUUGGUCAGCAAACCCCCUCUAAUAGGGACGUCGCCCAACUACAGGGGUCGUGGCCGCGGUGGACCAAGAGGAGGUGGUCGUGGUGCAUAUAAUCCCCACAAUGGCAGUGCUGGAGGCAUGAUGUCAAUGCAUGGCGGUGCACCUAUGCAAGAACACGGAAUGGUGCGUCGCGGUGGACCACCACGGGGACGUGGUUCCUACCAAGGUACAGGUAUGACGCGUCCUCCCAUGCAUCAACAUCAGCAUCCAUCACCCCAUGUGCCCAAUACACAGGUUGCACCGGUGUCACUGAAGAGAGGUGCUCCUGGUGGACCUCCUGGUCCUAAACGUGGACGUUAUGAAACUGGUCCAUAUUCACAAAGAGCACCAGCACCUAAAUAUCACCAGCCACCACAUAUGACACAACAGACAUCUAGUUAUGGUGUAACACAUCAGCCAGCACCACCACCACCUCAAAGCCACCAUGGUUAUCCCCCACAUGUUCCCGCUCAAACGAUGGAUCCCUAUGCACAGUCCUAUGCUGCACCACAGACGCAAACCGCAUACAAUGGAUAUGGUCAAACAGCAACAUAUGCGCAUACAGCUCCGGCUCAUUCGACUACACAUCAAGCAAAUACAGCUUAUACCGGUAGCGAAUAUGAUCAAAGCCAAUAUCAAGGAUAUAGUUCUACGUAUGCCCAACAAGAUACCCGCUAUCAAACAUAUGGCCAAGAUUAUACACAACAGUAUGGAGCGCCAGCUGUUGAUUACAAUACAUCGCAAGCAGAUUACUCUCAACAUGCCCAAACAUACGAUGAGCGUGCAUACGCUGGUUAUGAAGUAACGGACAAAGCAGUGCAUUUCUGCACACAAUCGAUAUCGAUAUUUGUUUUUCUAUACUAUAUAUACUGUAAAAAUUUGUAUUUUUUACUUUUUGACAAAAUCAAUGAUGUUCUGUUUUUUUUUUUUACUUUCUUGCCUUUAGUUUCCCCCUUUUCUUUUCUAACACUUGUAUGCAACUUUUUUUCUUUUUUUUUUAAUUCUUUCGCCUUGCAAUACUAUAUCUACAAAUACAUAUAUUAUGUAAUUUUUUUGACAUCAAUAAAUUAAAAAUAAUAGCUUAUUGUUGUAUACAACAAGAAAGAAAAAGGAAAAUCAUAAAAACUAUUUUUUUUUUUGUAAAUUUAAGACUAAAAACUAUGUUUACUGUUUUAUUUUCGCAUCCCCCGACAUUUGCAUCAUAUAUACACAAAUAUAUAUAAUCAUAAUUUAUAUAUAUAAGAAUAUGAAAAUCUUAUAUUUUUUUCUCUUAAAUAUAUACCUAGGGAGUUUUUGUUAAGUAUGGCAAUACUUAAAAGAUGGACCAUCAUUUAAUUAUGGAAUAAUGCAAAGAUUAAAGAGAUUAUAAAUAUUUUUUGAUAUAUAACUAAUUAUAACUAACAGUUUAAUAUAUACAGCCUAAAUGGUUAAACAAACAUUUUAAUUAUCGGCCUUAAAAACAAUUAAACUGCAUUGUCACCUGAAAUGUUAAGGGCCUAAUUUUCAAUAUUCUUUGAUGUUAGUUUUUUAAAAUGCUAUCUCAUAGGAGUUGGGAUUGAGAUAUGUGCUGUCGGUUUUUUUAUCUAUAUGCCAGAUAAGAAUAAAGCGCCUUUUGCUACAUAUCAUCCGCUUUUCAUCAGAAAGAUGUAUGUAUGUAAAAAAUCAAGCUUAAAGUACGUCUACAAUAAUAAAUAACACAGUCAUCUGGUUUCCCUUUAUAAAAUCAGCUGACGUGAGUCAUAAAUCCCGAUUUAUUGAGCAGCGUAAAUAACUUAAAGACACCGAAAAUGCAAAUUUUGCAUGUAGUAUAAAAUCAUAACGAUGUGCAUUAGUGGUAUAAACGGGUGUGGUAGUCAAAUCUUAUUGAUUUUACCAAUUUGCCUAGAGCUUGGAGUUUCAAUCGAAAUAAUCUGAUUUAAUCAAACAGGCCGAACUGCAAAAAUCUUAACUGGGUUAUUAAUUUUAUUCCACCACUUUGCCACUUAGUUCAUCUUUUUGUUGGUUCGGAGCUCGACAUAUGCUGUAUUUUUAUUUUUAUUCAUAUACAUUUGCAUUUGUACUGCUUUUUAAAUCCACAUUCAAUGCCUCACAUGUAUCAGAAGAUGUAUACAACUCUCCUAGAUGCAAAAUAUGACUACACAUAAAGAACAAGUCUGGUAACACCCUUAAUUUCUGUGGAAAUGUUUUUUUUCUGACGAUAUAUAAAUAUAUAACGGCAAUUGUGUACUGGACUUACCAGGACACAGUUAUUGAUUUUAUUCUAAAACAGAAAUUCCACCACUUUGACUCUUUGUUCACCUUUUUGGUGGUUCAGAGCUCGAUAUAUGCUGUAUUUUAUUUUUAUUCAUAUACAUUUGCAUUUGUACUGAUCGAAAAAAUUGCUUUUUAAAUCCACAUUCAAUGCCUCACAUGUAUCAGCUCUCACAGAUGCAAAAUUUGACUACACAUAAACUACAAGUCUGGUAACACCCUUAAUCUCUGUUGACAUGUGUUUUUUUUCUGGCGGUAAAUAUACAAUGGCAAUUGUAUACUAAUUAUUACCAGGAUACAGCAGAAAAGGUCAACAUAACUUGUCAAAAAAUGGAAUAGUUCCAAUGAACUUUAUAAAUGUUAAAGUGUGUUUAAAAAAGUUUAGCAAAUAUUACAAAUAAGAGAAAAGUGUGAGAGAGUGCUAUUAUUUCACAUUUUUAGAUUUAUCUGGCAAAUUUGGAAAAAUUGACAAUGCCGUUUGCUUAAAGAAAUUUCAAAUCAGAAAAUGAGCAAAAAUUAUACCUAGAUUUAAUUAAAGGUAAAAUCAGGUAUGUGUACAACAACCAUUAGUAGUUAGCAAAAGCGAACAACAGUAAAGUAUAUCUAUGUUCGCGUACUUUUCCAGUAAAAAUUUGCAAGAGAGUAAGAACAACUUUUAAAUUCUUGUUUGCUUGUUUCUCUUUACAUUAUUUUGCUAUUUAUUUUAAUAAAACUGAUUUUCAAAAAAACGUUUGUUCAAUGCUCUGCAAAUUGCUGCUGGAAAAAAACCUCCAGCAGAAAUUUGCAAGCUCGCAAUUGCCAAACUUUGAAAAUUUUCUCGCUCUCACGUUCUCUUCUGCUGGAUAAUAAAGUACGAGCAUGACUAAUCAUACCAGGCAGACACUCUUAAUGUUUUACACAAAUAAUAUAUUGGCUGAUUAAAGUAAAACUUUUUGUGAUAUUUCUCUCUGUGUAUAUAUGCAUAUUUCAUAUUUAACUAGAUGUUCCCUCUUUUAGCUAUUAUAAAAGUCAAUCUUAAAAACUCCUUUGUAUUUCUUAUAUAUAGCUUUAAGUUAAUAAAAAAAUAUCUCUCUUUAAAUAAAAAAAAAAAACAAUAAAUAAAGGCAUAAAAAACGAUUUAUGUAUGUUAAAGAGAAAGAUACCUUUAAGAUCAAACAGGUAAAAAGUAAGCAUAAUAACAAAUAUAAAUUUCUAUAUUUUCAGAGACAAUGCAAAAAUAUGAAUGUUAAACGAUAAUAAUGAUUUAAAACAAUAUACCAAACACAUAAAAUGCUAAAAACAUUUUAAUAUUUUUUUUUCUUAUUAUCAAUUUACUCAUGAAGAAAAAAAUAAAAAUAUAAAAUAUUAAAAAGUAAAGAUACCAAAAAACAAAACAAAAAAAGAAUUUUAUUGAUGAUAUUAUUCUGCUAAAAGCAAUCGAAUAUGAUAAAACCAUCCUGGCUAAAAAACCAAAGACUUUAAAAGUUCAACCCAAGACUGUGAUAUAGUGAUAGUUUGAAAAAAAAAAAUCAUAAAAAUGCUUGCCCAAGCAUAAAACCCAAAUGAACUGAAAAUUUUUAUAAACUAACUGAAAUGUGUUAUUCAACUUUACCAAAAAUAUUCCAAAGACUGAAGUUAUAGAAAGCCCAAAACUCGUGCUUUUAGCACAUAAUUUGAGAUAUUUUACAUUAUUUUUCAGAAAAAUAUUUUUUUCCAUUAUAAUUUUUUUAAUGUUUAUUUCAAAUGUAUUUAUUACUUCCUAAGGAAGAUUAUCCAAAAAAAAUAAAAAACUCCCUUUCAAAGAAAGUAAACGUUUUCAAAGAAUAACUAAAAUUCCUAUUAUACCUAGCAGAAAAUGAAAUUUCAAUGUUCUUUUUAUAAAAAGACUACAGCAAAAACAAAAUAAUAUUGCUAUGCAAUGUGAAAUUCCAACAAUUGAUUAUUGUUUAUAAUUUUAAUUUAUCGUUUUUUUUUUGUAAUUUAAUUUAUAUACAUAUUUUUUAAAGUUUUCUAUACAAAACGAAAAGAAAAAUUGUAAAAUCACACCACUUGCCAUGCAACUUUUUGGAUGUCACCAUCCUGUCAGUGUUAUCGAACACAAAAUACUACUAACCCCCUUCUCUUACGAUACAAAAGUCAUGCGAGAAAAUUUUUAUUCUAAAGAAAAUUAUAAGUAUAGUUGCGUACGGGCACUGUGCCAUAUUAAUAGAAUUUGAAAAGCUUAUUUAGUUAAGAUAAAGAUAAUUAUUUUCUUUGCGGAGAACAUUGGAAAAAACGAAUAAUAUAGGAAUGGCUUUUUUACGCUAAACGAAUACCGCCUUUACAACAAAACUUCGUAUGUGUGGCUUGUUAAUCAAUAGGUCACCAAGCAUAACAAAGACAAUAUUUUAAAUUUGAAACUAGAAAAUAAUAAUUGGUCCGCUGAAGUUUUUCAUUUAUUUAUUUCAUUAUUUUACUUUAUUUUUUAUUGUUUUUAUAUAUGCAUAAAUAUUACAAAUAUUUAUGGAUAGAUUAUUAAAGUUGCAACUGUACUUGUACUUGUAGCUGUACUUGAGUUAUAGUUUUGAAAUACCUAUUAUUAUUACCUCGUAUGGUAACUCUGGUAAUUUGAUGUCGAUAACGGUGUUUUGGCAUCAGCCAUAAAAUGUAAACAAACAAAUCAAUUCAAAAAACUUUUUAGUUGUAAUGAAAGUUCAACAAUUAAAUUGUUAUUUAUAAAGUUAGGUGGAACUAGGUGGAACUUAGGGAACUAGGCCCAUUUGUCGCCCCCGAAAAAGAUUUAAAAAGCGCUGAAGAACACACAAAAUUUACGGGAGUGUAAUGCCAGACAUUAGAAUGAAGAAGAUAAGGAACCAACAUGCAUGAUAUUAAUGGAGACCAGCGUGCUGGAAAAGUUCCUUCCUAUCUGCUGUUUCAAGCCCCUAUUGUAGUCAAGAAUGGCAAAAGUACCAUGUGCCUGGACAUAAUUUAGACAAGAAAAAAGUUGUUCAUUAGCCAGGUGUCCUGCGCCCACUCCCGCAAUUUCGGGACAGUGUCAUAAUAGGUGCUCGGCCGUCUAUAACUCCUCCUCAUCCACACAAAUCAUGCGAAAAUCCGUCAUGGGUUCAGCGCGACGUUCCAGUUCUGACAUUGCAAUGGCUUGUAAGGACCCCUGUCAGUAGUGAGAGCGGCAGCUCCACCACAUGUAGGAGCGGUCCCCUGAAUAGCACCAUCUGUAUCUUUCGGCGGUUUAGGCCACGCCCAUUGGCCAAACUUGGCUGCAUACUAUAUGCACUCCGAGCGGACGCACACCAAGAUUAAAACGUCGUCCUCGUAGCCAACAAACUGCACAAUUUAUCUGUCUCUCCACCAGACCACUCUGGCAGCAUCUCAUUUUGGCCAACAAUUGUUGGAUGAAGAAAUAUCGUGACAAGCUGUAGGCUAUAAGUGUGCACUAUUAAAAUACGAAAAGUAAAAUAAACAUUACAAAGCAAUACUUAACAUGUUUGUAAACUAUUUUAACAACUUUUAUAACUGCUUUUUGUUUGUUUUUCCCUUUAUUGUUGUUUUCACCAAAAAAUAAUGGUCAAGUGUAAAGCCAAAACAAAACCGCAGAAGCAAAACAGCUGUUUUCGAAAAUUCAAAAUUUUCUCUCUCAAAAUUUUCCUCUCCCCGUUUAAUCAGAAUAGGAGAAUUUUAUUCGAGGGAAAAAUUAAUUCUCAGGGAGUUUAUUCGCAGGUAGUUUUCAGAAUUAGGCUGUAUAAAAUUUUUAAGUAUCUAAGAAAAUUGAUAUAAUCACUUUGUUCUUUUAAUUUUGCAUAUAAUUCCGUUGCCUACCAAUUUCUGACUUUAUUCUCUUUGGUAAUAUGUCGUUAAAUUAAGAUUAAGAUUAUACUUAAUGGCCCACGAAAAGUUGUGGUUUAAAAAUGCUAAAAAGUUAAGGUGCUAUUAGACGAUAUGUAUUUUCGAAUAUAGCAACUAUGAAAGUUGUACACAUCGUGUGAUACUUACGAAACAUUUGAUAUGAAAAAUUGAUAUUGGAAAGAAAGUGACACUACAAUAUGUAAGAUACAUAUUGCAUUUUAACACUGAUAAAUUUUUUCCAUGAUUUUGCCGUCAUGAAAUUUCUUUUCAUUCAUGUGCUGCAAAAAUAUUAACAAAGUUUUUUAUAGCCUCCACCAUAGAAUGGGGGUAUACUAAUUUCGUCUGUAACUCCUCGAAAUAUAUGCCUAAGAACCCAUAAACUAUAUAUAUUCUUGAUCGUCAUGACAUUUUAAAUCGAUCUAGCCUUUGUCCGUCUGUCUGUCGAAAGCACGCUAACUUUUGAAAGAGUAAAAGUGAAAUUUUUCACAAAUACUUGGGAUUGUAAAUGGGCUAUAUCGAUCCAUGUUUUGAUAUAGCUGCUAUAUAAACCGAUCUUAGAUCUUGACUUCUUGAGCCACUAGAGGGCACAAUUCAUAUCCGAUUUGGUGAAAAUUUGCAUGACAUGUUUCUUUAUGACUUCCAACAACUGUGCUAAGUAUGGUUUAAAUCGAUCCAUAAACUUAAACACAGUUGCCAUUUGAAACCCGAUCUGGGAUCUUAAAUUCUUGAGCCUUCAGAGGGCGUUAUUAUUAUCCGAUUUGUCUGAAAUUGUGUAUAACGGCGUCUCCCAUAACCUUCAACAUACAUGUCAAACAUGGUCCGAAACGGUCAAUAGCCUGAUACGGCUCCCAUAUAAACCGAUCUCUCCAUUUUACUUCUUAAGCUCCUUAAGGCCGCAAUUUAUACUCGAAUUGGCCGAAAUUUGACACAAUGACUUCUGCUAUGUUCUCCAACAUUCAAUUGCAUUAUAAUCGGACCAUAACUUGAUAUAGCUCCAAUAGCAUAGCAAAUCUUUUCCUUAAUGCUUUGUUUGCCUAAAAAGAGAUACCGGAAAAAAACUUCACAGAUGCGAUUCAUGGUGGAGGGUAUAUAAGAUUCGGCCCGGCCGAACUUAGCACGCUUUUACUUGUUAGACUGUAAAGUAGGCUUAAUUUAUAAAGUAAUCAAUAAAUGGGUCACUUAAUAUUAUUUAACACCUACCACCUUUAUGCAAUAACCAAACAGAGAGCUGUUAAGGCCAAAGAGAGAGCUUUCUGAAAGUCGCGUUGAGAAAUGCAACACUGCAAAAAAAUGCCACAAAAGCAAUGCGCAAAAUUAAAGAAAUUUCAACUUUGACGACUAAAAUCGAGCGUCUUUCUGUGUUUCCAUACGUGAAGCAGUAUUUUUAGGAUUUAGGAGUGAGAGUUAAAAAUUUGUUUAAGGUUGCUUUUUUGACAAUUGUUUGUAGAGUUGCGUUUUUCAACCCAAUGCUCAAAAACUAAGCUCAUUCUUUUUUGGCAUUCAAGGCGCGUUGCGUUGAAAAUGCAACUCUGCAAACAAUCAAAAAAGCAACAGCGCAAAAGUUGACCAAUUUUUAUCUUUGACGCCUUAAAACACUACUUCACGCAUGGCAAUACAGAAUGACGCUCGAUUCCAGUCGUCAAAGUUGAACUUUUGCAGGUUGCUUUUGUAUGAAAUGUUUGCAGAGUUUUGUUUUUUUUUUAACGCAACGCUCCUCCCUUUAGGCUUUAUAGUAUAACUAAAACGGAACGCGACUUAAUCUGGAGUUCCUUUUUUUAUUAAAAUUAAAUAAAUUUUUCUAACAAAUAUCGUAAAUAUAUAAAUUUUACUAUACAAUGAGAAAACAAAAAUGCUGCAUCAUGACCAUAAGGAUGAUAUAUAAAAAUAAAAUGAAAUUAUAUAUGGUAUUAUAACACAAAAAUCGAUAGAGUGGAUCCCGUUUACGGUUUAUAAAAUGCUUAUAUUUUUUACUACCUAUACCAUUUUUUAAUCUAGAAAAACAUUAAAAAACAAAACAUCGAUUUUUAAAUAUCGGAACAAAGAAGGAAUACGUAAAAAAAUACGCUAUAACAUGUUCUAAUUUCGAUUCUUUAGAACUGCAUUAAGGUAAGGUGCCUAAGACACAAGUAAGUUAAAUGAACGUUGGUGUUUUUUUUAUACACGAAAAAAAGAAAAACGAAUUUAAAAACAAACGAAAAAAACAAAUUUAUAAAUACAUAAAACAAAAAAGGUUAAUUAAAACAAAGAACAAAAAUAUACUUGAACUAGACAAAAGACUCAUAAACAUGAAAACGUCUGCAAAAAGACAAUUACAAAAAUAAAAUGUUAAAAAAAUAAAUAAUUUUUUAUAUAUAGUUUUAAUGUUUUUUGUUUAUUAUUUAUUUUAUUUAAAUUACCCAAAAUAUAAAAAAAACGAGAAUAAGAGAAAAAACAAAAGUGGAAAGUCCAUAGAAUUAAAAAUUAUUAAACAAACAAAAAAGAGACAAAAAAUAAUUAAUUUGUUAUUGCUUUAAUUCACAUUUCAUUUUACAAAAAAAAAAUAAUUUUUUUAAUUUUCUUUAAAAAAUUGGGCUUGAAAAGUCAAAAAGAUAUAAAAUAAUUUUUAUAAUUCAUAAAUUAUAUUUUUAUUUUAAUUCUUUCUUUAUAAAAAAAAACUAAACAAAACGAGUAAACCAUAAAAGAAAACUAUGAAAAAAGUUAAACGACAAAAAACUUAUGCCAUCAAUAUAGUUGAAGAAAAAAACCAAAUAAUUCGCAUGACUGCAAAACAAACAAACUAAACAUAUAAGAGAAGAAAUAAGACAAACAGAAGUUGCAAACAUUUUUCAAGUGGUAAGUGAUAAUCUAAAAAUAAAAAUCCAGAGAAAACCAACAAAAAGGAUAACAAAUUAUGACAAACACCUAUACCACAACUAUUUUACAUGAAAGACUUUUAAUAGCUUUAUAUAUAUUUUCCCAUUUAUUUUUAUAUAUAUACAAACCAUACCAUAAUAAUACUGAUCUGAUUAUUCUAUUUCAGCUGAACAAUUUUUUAAAAUGAAAAUCACAUGAUAACAAAAUGAUGAAAUGAAUUACACACAUCUAUAACUCUACAUCAUAUUCGGUAAUUGAUGAUUUCAAAAUGUACAUAUUUUAUAAUGAAUUAUCAAAAGUUUUUAUAUAAAGUUAAAAAAAAAAUAUUUUUGAGCUCUAAAGUGGGAUAAACAGAAUAUUGUGACAUUACGUCCAGGAUAAAUAUCAGUUAUAUGUUUUUAAAAUCGUAUAAAAUAUGAUUAUAUGCUUUAUCGUGUAUAUGAACAAAAUUUAAUUUUUUUUCAACUUAAGCUGAUUUUUCAACUGGCUACGCCACCACUUAAAUAAAUAUCAUAGAUGUAUACUGCGGCCAAAUUGCCGCAUACGUAAUCGAGUGCGCUUUCAUUUCGAAUGCAAUUUCAUCUCGUGUUUAAUGAAUGUUAUACCACUUUUAUACACAUUUUAAUUUAAAUUUGUUUAUAAAUUAUAAUCGCAUUCCUAAAUUUCAAAAGUUGUCAUUCAAUAAAGAAACGCAUAAUUCACAAUAGAGGGAUUUUGAAAGAUUUUACUCGUUGACGUUUGCGGUAAUUCGACCCUUGGUUGGUGGCGCUUGUGAUUAUAGAUAAAUGGGAGUUAUGUAAGAACAUGCCGCAAGAGGAAUUCUGGUCUCAAUGUUGAUGUUUGCGUUUUCUAAAUAUACAUUAUUUCCUUUCCCGUGAAGGAAACUAUGGCUUAAUGCACGUAUAUAGGGUUUCCGCAGUGUUACGUUCCAAUAUGUAUAUCUUUCUUUCUUUUAUUUAUUUUCUUUGAUAUUUUUAAUUUUUGCGGCAGAGUUGCCCGCUGCUGUGGAUAAUAGA